AUGUCGACUAUGUCGUUCUAUUUUUCACAAUAUUUAACUCGAACAAUAACAAAACGAAAUAGUUUUCCGUUGGACAGCCAGGAUAGUGCUGACCAAGAACAACAACAGGUAAUAAUCAGUGGUUUUGGUAGAAUUCCUUUGUAUAAAUCUCCUCCAAAUAACAAUGCAUCAUUGGAACGUUUAUGUUUGAAAGAAGAUCGAACAUGGAAAGAACGUAUAUUUAAUCAAACAAAGUUGGAUGAAGUCAAUAGUUCUCAACGUAAUCAUGCAUCAUCAUGGCUUCGCAAAGUGGCUGCAUCCAUGCACUUCGGCAUUGAUACCUAUGCAUUGAGUAUUGAUAUACUCGAUCGAUUCUUAGCGACACUCAAAGUUCGUCCGAAAUUCUUGGAAUGCUUGGCCGUUGGUUGUUUAUACAUCGCAGCUAAAUGCAAGGAAGAAGAUGAUACAAUUUCGAUUACCCCGGAAUUUGUCAUCGAUUGUAACUCGUCCUGUUCACCCAAUGAACUUCUUCGUAUGGAACGCUUGAUCCUGGAAAAAUUCGAUUGGUACGCAGAUUUCGUUACCACGGUUGACUUUCUGCAAAUCUACUUUGCACUCCUCCUGCUCAAAACGAAUAAUCAACCGGAAGAGAAUUGCGAGAAGUAUAUUGAUUUAGAGAUUAAACUAGCUUCGUGUCUACAACAUCAUCGUUUGGCCACGUUUAAGCCACGCAUUCUUGCAUUGGCUUUGAUUAGUUUAGAAUUUGAGAAACAACAGCAGACACAAGAAUCGGAAAUGAAUAUUGAUUGGCUGGAAUCGAUCAGUUAUUUACAACAACUAGCCAAAGUUGAAAGUGAUGCAUUAUUAUCAUGUCGAGACUUGAUUGUUCGUCUAUUACCAUCCUAUAAAGUUGUUCGAUUGGAAUUAUCUGACUUAACCUUCAUAUCCCAUGCCUAUAAACCAUUAAAACCAUUGAUGAAUUUAUCUGAUCGACCAACCUAUGCCGAUGUUGUUUGUGGUCGCACUUUUCCUCCUGUCCAAUAA